AUGACUAACCCCAAGGACACCACCACCGCCACCAACCAGGGCUCCUCCGCCGAGGGACAGCAACCACGUAACGAGAACAUUAGCUCCAACGUUACUGGGGCUGCUCCUACUGGACCACCAAGUCCUCCUGCGCCGACUCCUGCUCCUCCUAGCACUGGUCAAGUCAAUGUGGGAUCAGGAUGGUUCGGUGGAUUCGUUGUCGGGGGGUCCUCUGGGUCUCUUCCUGUUCGUACUCCUCCUACCUCUGGUCAAUUCAAUGUGGGAGGAGAGUCUGCUACCGGAGGGCCCUCUCUGACUCCUUCUACACCCAACAGAGGACUUCCUGGUCGUGCGUCAUCCUCUCCUGGUAGGGGGACAUCCACCCCAAGAAGGGGCGCACGCUCUGGUGGCCGGAGGACUCCAGGCAGGGGAUCACCCUCUGGCGAAAAAUCUCCUCCUGGCGGGAGAGGAUCGCCCUCUUUUUUAGGGAGAGGGUCGUCCUCAGCCCCUCCUUCUGCAGCGGGAAGCAUCACUCAAAUUGGUGGGAGUAGUUUUGCUCCCGUCAGCGUUGAAAUAUCUUUAGGAGGGGGACUUGCGGCAGCGGGGAGCAUGGCCGCCGGUGGCCAGCCUGGCAAGCGCAAAGCCGAAGUCAAUGCCCCGGAAGGAGUGACUCCGACUUGCCCCGUAUGCAAACGGUCGGAUUUCAGUUCGUGGAAAGCAUUGUUUGGGCACCUGCGUAGCCACCCAGAGCGUGGCUAUAGGGGCGCCUUCCCACCCCCAGGACACCAACAAGAGGAAGCAAGUAAUGCUGCUGCUAAUGUUAUACGUGGAUUCGAUCUCAACGAAGCCGUCGAUGUGGAGGAGGACAAUGAAGGCGGCGGUGGAUUCGACCUGAACAUGCCCGCGGCGGAGGAUGAUCAUGGUGUUCCUGAUGACAAUGUGGAUGGUGGUGACGCUGGUGGUGCUGCUGAGGCUUAG